CGACUGUGGAUGUUUCUUCUCGCGCUCGCAGCCUUUCGCUACCGUCAUUUGGUAACAUAGCGGAAUAUACAUCCCUGAUACGUAACUGGAUCAUAACAUGGCUCUGGGCUCGCGCGGUGCAGGGCCCUCGUUCCAAGGACACACCGAGUUCGACAUUCUCAAGAGCUCACAUAAAUUUCUCCGCGAAGAUGACGACGUGGAUGAACGUCAGCUCUCAUGGGAUGACAGGCUAGCCAAGAAGUAUUAUUCCGCACUCUAUCGAGAGUACGCCGUUUGUGAUCUGAAGCAUUACAAGACGGGAAAUUUUGCUCUACGAUGGCGGACUGAGGAAGAGGUCCUUGCGGGAGCUGGAGAAACGACCUGCGGCAACACGCGCUGCCGUGUCCAUAGAGAAUUCCCCGAAGAGGGAGACGACAUUCGGCCCGCACUCACUACUCUCGAACUCCCUUUCUCAUACCUCGAGCAUGGAGAGAGCAAAUUCGCACUUGUGAAGGUCGUCCUGUGCCCCAAAUGCCUGAAGAAACUCAUGUACAAGCGCAACAAGGAGAAGGAGGAGGCCAGGAAGCGCGAAGAAGACCCCGGCGCCCAAAACGCGGAACGGUCUACAAAGGAUAAACAUCGGAAGAGGUCGCGUUCGCACGAGCGACGUAAAGACGACGAUGAAGAUACCUAUCGACGACAUGGUAGUACGGAACCUGAUAACCAGGGACAUAAAGACAAGCGGCGGCGUCAUUCUCUCUCACCCCGCAGGAGAGAACAUGAUCGUGGUGGCGCCUCCUCUUCGUAGCCUCCUCCUCGUAGUCAACAGAUUGUCCAGUGGAUUUAACUUGCGUCAAACCAGCAACUGUACGGGAAUGGGGACGUUUCGAUAC